UGCUGGGGUCCCACGUGUUCGGCGCCUUCCUCUGUCCCAGCCCGCAUUGUCUGAGUGUCCCUCCUAGCUGACGGUCAUCAUGCCUACAUUUGUCCUCAGUACCAACGUCUGCCGGGAUGCCAUCCCCGAGAACCUGCUCGCCGAUCUCACCAGCCAGCUGGCCAAGGCUACGGGAAAACCUGCAGAGUACAUUGCUGUGCACAUUGUGCCCGACCAAAUGAUGAGUUUUGGAGGAUCAACAGACCCAUGUGCUCUCUGUAGCCUGCACAGCAUUGGCAAGAUUGGGGGAACUUUAAACAAGACCUACACCAAACUGCUGUCUGAUGUACUUAGCAAACAGCUCCACAUAUCUGCUGACAGGUGCUACAUCAAUUUCUAUGAUUUAAAUGCUGCAAAUGUGGGCUGGAAUGGUUCUACCUUUGCCUAAUGAUGAUGAUCCUUGGGGAGGCAGAAGCUUGUAUCCUGUUUCCCAGAAUCCUGUAAAGCACUUACGGUUAAACAUUCCUUACUGAAUAAAAUAUGUAUGUGAAACCUUAAA